AUGGAGAAAGACAAAUCCAGCAAGCGCUCCCGAGACGAACGCGACCGCCGUGACCGGGACAAGCAUCGCAGCAGCCGCGACGCUUCCGAUGACCACCACCGCCACCACCGAUCUCGAUCCGACCGCGAUUCCAAGCCCCACGACCACAGAUCUCGCCGCGACAGGUCUCCGGAGCCGCGCGACGACCGCCGCGAGCGGUCGUAUGAGAGAGAAGGGAGUAGGGAGAGGUCCAGAGUGAAGCGGGAGAGGUCGGAGGAGGGAGAGGAUGUGGUGGAGAGGAGGCAUAAGAGGAAAGAGAGGGAGAGGAGUGAGGGUGUGGAUGAUUUGGAAGAUUCGAAGAGAGCUAGGGGUUUGGAUGAGAGGAGAGAGAGGAAGAGAUUCGAUGACCGGCGAGUGAAGGAAGAAGUGGAUGGGAAUAAUGCUGGAGGAUUGGAAGGGAAUGUGGUUUCCGGUGAGGUUAAGGUUAAGAAAGAGGAAUUGGAGGAUGAUGAGGGCUUAGCUACCGCCCGGAAUGGGGGUGCUCCGGUGGGUAAUGGUGCCAGUCUGGAUUCUACUAUGGCAUCAAGGGUUCAGCCUGAGGCCACAUCCACCCCUAGUCAUCCCCAUCCUACCAAGGUAUAUUCGAUUUCUACCACAAAUGAAAAUAAGGGAGUUAGUAUUACCAGAUCUCAUGAGGUUCCUGGAAAAUCUAGUACAGAUGGGACAUCUUCAACUGCUGGAAAAAGUGGAAAUCUGCCUUCUGGUGAUAUAGAUAAAAUUAAGAAUCUUCUGGCGAAACAUAAGGAAUUGACUGACAAGCUGAAUAAAAAAAGGUUAAACAUAGCAGCCAAUGCUAGUUCAGAUGCCAGCACAAACUUAGGAUUGAAGGAUGGGAUGCAACCUCCAUCUGCAAGUACAGGAAUGAUGCAUGCCUCUGUGCCAUCAACAACUAGUGGCAUUACUGGAAUGACUGGUCUGACUGGUGAAAACUAUGAAGCUGUAAAACGUGCACAGGAGCGUGCUGCCAGGAUGGGCUUUCGCCAUGACCCAGAAUUUGCUCCUGUUAUAAACUUGUUCCCAGGACAGGUGGCAACAGAUAUUGUUCCCUCUCAGAAGCCUACCAAGGCCCCUGUUCUUCGACUUGAUGCCCUUGGAAGGGAAAUAGAUGAACACGGAAAUGUAGUCAAUGUGACGAAACCAAACAACCUCAGCACUUUAAAGGUCAACAUUAACAAGCAGAAGAAAGACGCAUUCCAAAUUCUUAAACCUGAAGUGGAUAUGAAUCCUGAAUCAAAUCCUUUCUUUGACCCAAAGAUGGGCAUUAAUAUGACGAAGAUUGUGAGGCCAAAGAGGAUGAAUUUCCAGUUUGUAGAGGAAGGGAAGUGGUCAAAAGAAGCUGAACAUAUGAAGUUGAAGAUGAAAUUUGGCGAAUUACAAGCCAAAGAGCAUAGGGCGAAGCAGGCUCAGUUAGCAAAGGCAAAGGCAGCACCUGAUACAAAUCCAAAUUUGAUAGAAGUAGCAGAAAGAGUCAGCACCAAAGAAAAACCGAAGGAUCCAAUUCCGGAAGUUGAGUGGUGGGACGUGCCCUUUUUGCUAUCUGGUACUUAUGGCGAACUUGUUGAUGGUAGAAUACCUGAAGACAGAUUAAAGUUGGACAAAAUCACCAUCUAUGUUGAACAUCCUCAGCCCAUUGAGCCCCCUGUGGAACCAGCUCCUCCACCACCUCAACCGUUGAAGUUGACCAAGAAAGAGCAGAAAAAACUACGUACACAGCGUCGUCUUGCCAGAGAGAAAGAUAAGCAGGAAAUGAUAAGACAGGGUCUGAUUGAACCCCCAAAGCCAAAAGUUAAAAUGAGUAACUUGAUGAAAGUUCUUGGGUCUGAAGCAACCCAAGAUCCAACUAGACUGGAAAAGGAGAUUCGGAGUGCAGCUGCUGAACGUGAACAAGCUCAUAUAGACAGGAAUAUUGCCCGCAAGCUCACUCCUGCUGAACGCCGUGAGAAGAAAGAGAGGAAGCUCUUUGGUGAUCCAAAUAAUGUGGAGACCAUAGUCUCAGUUUAUAAAAUCAAUGAUCUCUCUCAUCCAAAGGCUCGAUUUAAGAUUGAUGUUAAUGCCAGAGAGAAUCGGCUGACUGGAUGUGCUGUGAUCUCAGAGGGUAUGAAUGUUGUAGUUGUUGAAGGUGGAAACAACUCUAUCAAGAGGUAUGCAAAUGUCAUGCUUCGGCGAAUCAACUGGGCUGAGCCUCCUAACAGGUGUGUCUUGGUGUGGCAAGGAAAUGUUGCCAGGCCUAGUUUCAAUAGAUUUUUGGUUCAUGAAUGCAUGACUGAAGCUGCUGGUCGAAAGUACUUUGCUGAUGCUGGUGUUGGUCAUUACUGGGAUCUUGCAGUCAACUAUGCAGAUGAUGAAUAA